GGAUCGAGCACCGGUUUGGAUUCGGAGUCCAGGGGUAAGCCAUGGCUCCGAAGAAGGUCAAGGAAAAGGUCAAGGCCAAGGCCAAAGGCAAAGCCAAGGCCAAAGCCAAGGAGAAGGCUGCUGCUUCAAAGGACAAGGCGGUGGCCAGCUUGUCGACCGUGGCAUCCUUGAAGGAAGGCUACGAUGCUCAAGCCAAUCAGUUUGGGUACGUGAACGUCACGGACAUGAAGGCCAUGAGCAAGCUCGCGGAGUUCCUGGCUUUGGAGCCCGACGUCGUCAGCAAAGAGAUGAAGGCCAUUGAUUUCGAUGCCAACAAUCUGGUGUCCUUUGCAGAAUUCGUGCUGUGGGCGGACAAGCACACCAUUGGCAUUCCGCUCGGCAUUGACAUACCUGACAAGCGGGAAUGGAGGAAAGGAAUGCCCGCCUGGUGGACGAGCAUCCCACCACCCACGCCGGAAGAGGAGGCUGCUCUCAAGGCUUCCACAGCAGGCGUGUCAGUGGCGGCCAAGAAGACAAAGAAGGCAAAGAAGGCAAAGAAGGUGGUCCCAGAAGAUCCCGACACUUCGGAGCUAGAGGACUUCAUCAGUGCAGCCAAAGAAGCUGAGUGGGACACGUUGCGGGAGAUCUUGGGCCGACAUCCCGGCUACGUGAAUAUGCGGCCGCCAUACCGGCGCUACGCGGCCAUUCAUCAGGCCUGCUACCACGGAGACGCCAGCAUUGUGCGAGAGCUCGUAGAGACUUGGUCCGCGGACGCCUUGCUGAAAACGAAGGACGGUGAGACCCCUGAGGAUGUGGCGCAAGAGAGCGGAUCCGAUGAAGUGGUCACCUGCCUACAGGAGUUGACGGUGACGGCAGAUGAUGAUGAUGAGUCAGAGGUGGAGGAGCCCCCAGCCAAAAUGAUGCGCGGGGGCGGAGCUGACCUGGAUCCAGAAGCCCUGAUGGAGAAAGCCAGCGAGGCUAUUGAGCAUGCCAAGUGGCAGCAGUGGGACGAGAUGUUCGCCAUCUUUGAGGCUUACCCAGGCUGCCAAAACAUGCGGCCCGAGUAUCGCCGCUUCGCUGCCAUUCACCAGGCGGCCUAUGCCGGAGACAGCGAGAUCCUGAAGCGCAUGGUGGAGACCGGCGCGAAUCCAGGCCUGCCGACCAGAGACAAGGAGACGCCGCUCCAAGUGGCGGAGGCCGAGGGCAACACGGAGGCCGUGGAGUACCUGGCCUCCCUCGAGGUCACCUCAGACAGCGCGGCCUUGAUGCAGCAUGCCCACGAGGUCAUCGACGCGGCCAAGGAGGGCAAGUGGGAUCGGACCUUUGAGCUGUUGGCGGGCUACAGCAAGCCGGAGCAAGUCGUGAACACACGACCCAGCGUCCGUCAGUACGCGGUCCUGCACCAAGCUGCUUUUCAUGGGGACAUCGAGGUGCUGCGAAAAUUGCUUGAAGAUUACAAGGCGAACGUCAAGCUUCUGACGAAGGAUGGGAAGACGGCGCUGCAGAUCGCGGAGACCGCGGGGCAAGAAGCUGCCGCCAAGUACCUCGAGGCAUGCGUUCCCAGCAUCCAGCUGGAGGAUGACUUUGUGAAAUAUCCAGAGCAGGGCUUUGUGAAGGUCGAGGACAAAGCACUCCUCAAGAGGUUCCAAGAUCUUCUCAACAAGUCGCACAAAAGCACCUGCAACUUCACGCGUGACCGGAACUGGGCCAGCGGCGUUUUUGAAAACGCCACACCGGUGCCCACCGGCUACGAACUUGUCGGAGCAACGCGAAACGAGAACGCGGCCCUGUGGCGCAUCUACCAGGUGUCGAAGGAGGUGACUCGCUUGGACUGCCAAAAGCCCUUGAAGGAGGCUCCGUUCAAGAAGUGGACACCGCUGACCAUGGAGGCGGGCAAGGCCCUGGACUGGAGCGACCUGGACUUCUGCGAAGAGGCCAAUGAGUGGCUACUGUUUCAUGCCAGCAUCCCCGAGGCGUUGUCGGCCAUCGCGCGCACGGGCUUCACCAUGGCGAAGCUGGGCUCCGGCGGCACCACCGGCAGCGGGGGGCUCUACGGCGACGGGACUUACUUUGCAGACUCCAUCACGAAGGCCGACGAGUACGCGCGGCGCAAGGUGGAGAAAGGCGAGUUCGCAGGCUGCCGGGCGGCCGCCCUUUGCCGCGUACUUGGCGGGCGCCACUUCUACAUGGACAAGGACGUCAAUGACAAGGACAAGCCCAAGUUUGCCAAGAGAGUCCUGGAAGGGCACUACAACAGCACUGUGGGCGACCGCUUGAAGGUGAAGAAUACCUUCAGGGAAUAUGUGGCCUAUGAUGCAGCGGCAACAUAUUUGGAGUACGUCAUCUACUAUCGGCGCAAAGGUGUGCCAGCCAAGCACGAGUGACAGCUGCUGUGGCAACAUCGAUUCCUAGACAGCGGGUGCCGUGCUGGGCGUUUGAUUGAAAACUAGGC